AUGAUGGAUGAGCCGUGGUGGGAAGGGCGCGUCGCCUCGGACGUCCACUGCACCCUGCGCGAGAAGGAGCUGCAGCUGCCCACCUUCCGAGCCCACUCCCCGCUCCUGAAGAGCCGCCGGUCCUUCGUCGACGCCUUGGCCCUGCUGAGCAGCCACUGCCAGCUCUGCCCCGCUGCCCGGCACCUGGCUGUCUACCUGUUGGACCACUUCCUGGAUCGCUAUGACAUCACCACCUCCAAGCAGCUCUACACCGUGGCGGUCUCCUGCCUCCUGCUCGCAAGUAAAUUCGAGGAUCGGGAAGACCACGUCCCCAAGCUGGAGCAGAUAAACAGCACCAGGAUCCUGAGCAGCCAAAACUUCUCCCUCACCAGGAAGGAGCUGCUGAGUACAGAGCUGCUGCUGCUGGAGGCCUUUGGCUGGAACCUCUGCCUGCCUACGCCUGCCCACUUCCUCGACUACUACCUCUUAGCCUCCGUCAGCCAGAAGGACCACCACUGCCACAGCUGGCCCACCACCUGCCCCCGAAAGACCAAAGAGUGCCUCAAGGAGUACGCCCACUACUUCCUGGAGGUCACCCUGCAAGAUCAUAUUUUCUACAAAUUCCAGCCUUCCGUGGUGGCUGCAGCCUGCGUUGGGGCCUCUAGGAUUUGCCUUCAGCUUUCUCCCUAUUGGACCAGAGACCUGCAGAGGAUCUCAAACUACUCCCUGGAACAUCUCAGCACGUGCAUCGAAAUCCUGCUGGUAGCUUACGACAACGUCCUCAAGGAUGCCGUUGCUGUCAAGAGCCAGGCCUUGGCAAUGGUGCCCGGCUCACCCACCCAGGUGCUGUUCCAGCCACCUGCCUACCCGGGCCUCAGCCAGCCGACAGCGACGGCGCUGGCCCAAUUCCAGACCCCCGUGCAGGACCUGUGCUUGGCCUAUCGGGACUCGCUGCAAGCCCACCGCUCGGGGACCUUGCUCUCAGGGGGCACCAGCCCGUCCCUCCACGCCCUGUACCCCACCCUCCAGCCCCUGGACGUGUGUUCUGUGCCGCUGCCCGCGUCCUUCAGCAUGCAGAUGGCCAUCGCAGCCGAGCCCCGGCACUGCCUCGCCACCACCUAUGGGAGCAGCUACUUCAGUGGGGCUCAUGCGUUCCCCACAGGCUGUUUUGAUAGAUAG